AUGGAUCUCGUCCUCGAUUACGCCGACGAGUACCUCCUCGACGCGACCUACGCGUACUUUUUGCCGGCACCUGAUGCCAGUGGCAGCAAGUUGGCUGCCAACGCGACGCUCGCCGCCGGCGCUGCCGCCACUCGCGCAGCGUCGACUUGGGCACGCGACUACAUUGUGCGCCAGACCGUGAGCUUGUUUGUCCUGUCGGCAGUGGCUGCGCUGUUCCUCUACUUUUUGUUGUCGUCCUUGUCAUACUUCAUCUUGUAUGACAAGCGACUGGAGCACCACCCUCGAUUCCUCAAGAGGCAAAAGUACCAGGAGAUCAUGUGCUCGGUCCUCUCGGUGCCCGCCAUGGACGUCCUCACCCUCCCUUGGUUCCUUGGAGAGGUGCGUGGCCACUCGCUCCUCUACACGGAGGUGUCUGAGCGUGGCUGGGCCUACUUGAUCUUCUCCGCCCUUUGGUUCCUCGUCUUCACCGACUUCCUCAUCUACUGGAUCCACCGCAUCGAGCACCACCCCUCCAUCUACAAGUACAUCCACAAGCCCCACCACAAGUGGAUCAUCCCUACCCCUUUUGCCGCCCUCGCCUUCCACCCCCUUGACGGCUAUGCCCAGUCCCUGCCUUACCACGUCUUCGUCUACCUCUUCCCCAUGCACCGUCUGCUCUACCUCGGCAUGUUCGGCUUUGUGCAGAUCUGGACCAUCUUCAUCCACGACGCCGACAUGAUCUCGGACCACUUUAUGGAGCGUUUCAUCAACUCGCCCGCGCACCACACCUUGCACCACAUCUACUUUACGUGCAACUAUGGCCAGUACUUUACCUGGGCCGACAAGGCGUUUGACAGCCACCGCCAGCCCAUCGCCGAGCUGGACCCCCUCAUUGCCUCGCUCAAGAACAUGCAGGCAAAGGGCCUCAUUGACGAGAACCACAACCCCAUCCCCGACGUCGCCAGGAAGCAGCAGUAA